AUGCAUGAUGGGUAUUUAUUUAAAGGCAAUUUGUUGUGUAUUCCCAAGGGAUCAUUACGUGAACAAAUCAUUAGGGAGCUUCAUGGUAAUGGAUUAGGAGGACAUUUUAGAAGGGAUAAAACAUUGGCUAUGGUGACUGAUCGUUAUUAUUGGCCUGGAAUGUAUAAGGAUGUUGAUAGAUUGGUCCGUAAGUGUCAAAUUUGUCAGUUUGGCAAAAGAAGUUCACAAAAUACAGGUUUAUACACGCCCUUACCAGUUGCAGAAGCCCCUUGCGUUCAUAUUAGUAUGGAAUUUGUGUUAGGACUUCCAAAAACAGCAAGAGGAUAUGAUAGUCUUUUUGUCGUGGUAGAUCACUUUUCCAAGUUGGCACAUUUCAUUCCAUGUGCUAGAACAGCAGAUGCCACACAUAUAGCUAAUUUAUUCUUCAAAGAAGUGGUGAGACUACAUGGUGUGCCAACAUCUAUUGUUUCGAAUAUGGAUGUCAAGUUUACUGGGCAUUUUUGGAGGACUCUUUGGAGGAAGUUUGGAACUGAUCUAAAGUGCCUUGUUGGAAGCAAUGUCAAGACAUGGGAUUUGAUUAUUCCACAAGCUGAAUUUGCAUACAACAAUUCCGUGAAUCGAUCAACAAAGAAGACGUCAUUUGAAGCUGCUUAUGGACUUAAACCUCAACAUGUUCUUUACUUGGUUCCACUUCCCCAAGGGAUGAGGGUGAGUAAUGAAGGAGAAGGUUUUGCAAAUCACAUGAAAAGAGUGCAUGAAGAAGUAAAAGCAGCUAUAAAGGUUAGUAAUGAGUCGUAUGCAGCCGCUGCAAAUCAACACCGGAGAAUCAAAGAUUUCGAAGAAGGUGAUAUGAAAGCUACUGAGAGCACGUGGGUUCCUGAAGAAGAAUUAAAGAGGAUUGAUCCAAAGAUAUAUGCUGAAGUUGUUAAAGCUUUCUUGCCAGAGUCGAGUUCUUUCCAACCCAGUGGAGUUGAUGCAGGAGCAUCAAUCCUAGUCAAAAAGGGCUAA